AUGAUGCUGCUGCGGCCACAGUCACGCUCGCCAACACCUCCACCACCGCCAUCACGCACCCGGCACACACGGGCACCGCUGCCCAGGACCGACGAUGCGAUACCGCGGCGGACAUCGCUGCGCAGCCUGCGGCCCCUCGUCUGGCUCGCAGCGCUGGCCUGCGCCCUCGCCUUGCUAGCGAACCCGCCACAGGCAUCGGCGCUGCUCGGCGGCGUCUCGAGCGGAGGCAGCGACGGGAUCCAGCCGCGCGCGUCGAGCCCGGCAGUGUCGAUAUCCCGCUUCGCCCACCUCCCCUCGAAGCUCGCCUACUUUGACGACAGCACCUCGCUCCUCUACCACGACGGAUCAGAGGGCAACGUCUACCGCUCCGAGGACGAGGGCAAGACGUGGAAGCUCGUCAGCGGACCCGCAAAGGGCGCUGCCUACAUGCUCGUGCAGCACCCGCACGACAUCAAGCAGGCCUACAUCCUCUCCAACGCAAAGACCCACUGGCGCACCACCAACCGCGGCGCGUCCUGGCAGGAGUUCAAGACGCCGGAGCCGCCCGCCGUCCGCGCCGGACCGCCCCUCGAGUUCCACGGCGACCAGCGCCACUGGGACCACAUCAUCUUUACCGGCAAAAAGUGCACCAUGUGGACCCCCUGGGGCGGCGCCAUCUGCCACGACCAGGCCUACUACACCACCGACGCCUUUGCCUCGGGCGUGGAGCCCCUCAUCGAGUUCGCCAUGCACUGCACCUGGGCAAAGGCCACGCGGGACAUCGACGUUCACCCCGACGCCAUGAAGCGCAUCUUCUGCAUAGCCUGGGAGGACGCGCCCACCUCGUCGUCGGCGCUCGAGGCGCCGGGAGCGGCGGCGGCAUCGUCGCCGUCGUCGCCGGGACGGGGGAGCAGCUGGGUGCGCUGGACCAGGCGGGCGAUGCCGGCGACGACGCGCCUCUUCCAGAGCGACGACUUUUUCAAGACGCGCAAGAUGGUCGAGCUCGACAUGGGCCGCAACGCGCGCAGCUUUGCCGGCCUGGGGCCCUCGAAAAAGUUCCUCGUCACGGCGCUGCGCGAGAGCCAGGGCACCAGCGGCAGCUCCGGCAUGGCCCUCUUUGUCACGCGCGACGGCGUAAAGUGGCAAAAGGCCCAGUUCCCGCAUGGCUCCGAGCUGCGCGAGAACGCUUACACGGUCGUCGACAGCACGCUGCACUCGCUCAUGGUCGACGUCCUCGACUCGCUCGGCUCCGACACGGGCGUCCUCUUCACCAGCGACAGCACCGGCACGCAGUUUGUCAAGAGCCUCGAGGGCACCAACCGCAACUCGCGCGGCCUCGUCGACUUUGAGCACCUCCAGAACAUCGAGGGCGUCGGCAUCGCCAACGUCAAGGCCGAGUCGGACGGCGCCACGCGCAGCAUGAUCACGUUCGACGACGGCAGCCACUGGCACCCGCUGCGCGCCCCCGCGGUCGACGCGGCGGGCAAGCGGACCGCGUGCGACCCCAACGACGCCGAGCGGUGCUCGCUCCACCUCUACUCGGUCACCAGCCUGCACAACACCGGGCGCGUCUUUUCGUCGACGGCGCCCGGCUUCGUCAUGGGCGUCGGCUCCGUCGGGCGCCGGCUGCUGCCGUACGAGGAGUGCGACACCUUCCUCAGCACCGACGCCGGCCGCACGUGGCGGAUGGUGUCGUUUGACGCGCACAAGUACGAGUUUGGCGACCAGGGCUCGGUGCUCGUGAUUGUCGACGACGAGGACAUCACCGACCACGUCAGCUACUCGUUCAACCACGGCAAGGACUGGAAGCGGCUCGACCUCGGCCUCAAGGUGCGCGCCAAGCUGCUCACCACGAUCCCCGACAGCACCUCGCUCAAGUUCCUGCUGAUCGGCACCCAGACCCGCAAGGACGCCGGCGGCCAGAGCGACCGCAACGUGGCCAUCCACCUCGACUUUGCCACGCUCGGCAAGCGCAAGUGCGGCGAGGGCGACAUGGAGCGGUGGUACGCCCAGGCGGCCGCCGACAAGAGCUGCCUGAUGGGCCACCGCCAGUGGUACAAGCGGCGCAAGGCCGACGCCGACUGCGUCGUCGCCGACAAGUUCCACGACCCCGAGGGGCGCGAGGACCCAUGCCCGUGCACCGACGCCGACUACGAGUGCGACUUUGGCUUCGUCCGCGACUCGGCGGGCCGGUGCGUGUCGACGGGCCUGCCCAAGAUCCCGGCGGGCGAGUGCACCCAGCCGUCGCAGAAGACGUACCGCGGCUCGUCGGGCUACCGCCUGAUCCCCGGCGACUCGUGCGACCGCGGCCGCGGCGUCAAGAAGGACGAGGCCGUCGAGAGGCCGUGCGACCAGGGCCAGCCCGAGGCCGGCCGGGUGGCCCACCAGCUGCACGAGUUCCCCGGCGUCGUCAUCGACCAGAUGUACUUUCCCGAGUCGUCGAGCGUCGUGGUGCAGCUCACCGACGGCUCCGCCUGGCACUCGCUCAACGACGGCUACUCGUGGAAGCAGCUGGUGGCGCCCAGCGAUGCCGGCGACCCGGACACCAAGGUGCUGACGAUGGCGCUCCACGCCCACGACAAGAGCCGCGGCUACCUCAUCACGGCCGGCCAGAAGGUGUGGUCGACGAUCAACAAGGGCGUCUCGUGGGACUGGUUCAGCGCGCCGCUGCCGGCCAACGGCCUCGGCAUCCCCGUGCUCGACUUCCACCCGGACCGCAGCGACUGGCUGAUCUGGACGGGCAGCCGCAACUGCGUCGUCGCCACCGACGGCGGCGGCGGCUGCCAGGCCGUCGCCUACGUCACCGUCGACAACGGCCGCCACUUUACGCGCCUCGACAACUACGUCCGCAUCUGCUCGUUUGUGCGCGACGCCCGGCUCAAGGUCGACGCCCGCACCAUCUUCUGCGAGAGCUACAAGGACAAGAGCGGCGACCAGAAGUCGUUCACCUCGGCCAACCACCUGCAGCUGGUGUCGGGCCCCAACUUCUACCGCAACAAGAAGGAGGUCCUCUUCGAAAACAUCAUCGGCUGGGCCACGUUCGAGCAGUACCUCGUCGUGGCCCAGUAUGAUGACGCCACGCAGCCGCCGACGAUGCGGCUCAAGGUGUCGCUCGACGCGCGCCGCUUUUCCGACCUGCACUUCCCGCCCGACCUCGACGUCAAGACGCGCGCCUACACGGUGCUCGACUCGGUCACCGACUCGAUCUUCCUCCACUUCACCACCCACUCGGGCGCCGGCAGCGAGUGGGGCACGCUGCUCAAGAGCAACUCGAACGGCACCUACUUUUCGCGCUCGCUCGAGUACGUCAACCGCAACGACAAGGGUUUCGUCGAUUUUGAAAAGAUGCUCGGCCUGGACGGCGUGGCGCUCAUCAACGCCGUGGCCAACCCGGACGAGGCGGCGCUCUCCGGACGCAAGGACCUCGUCAGCCGCAUCACGCACAACGACGGCGGGCGCUGGAAGCCGCUGACGCCGCCGGUCCGCGACGCCUUUGGCAACCCGUACGAGUGCAACGCCGUCGGCUGCAGCCUGCACAUCCACGGCUUCACCGAGCGCGACAACCCCAAGGCCACCUUUAGCAGCCCGUCGGCCGUCGGACUGAUGCUCGGCGUGGGCAAUGUCGGCCGCAAGCUGUCGCCCUACCGCGACAGCGACACGUUCCUCACGCGCGACGGCGGCUUCACCUGGGAAGAGGUGCACAAGGACGCGCACCGGUGGGAGUUUGGCGACCAGGGCUCGAUCAUCAUCCUCGUCAACGACGAGGACGCCACCGACACGGUGCUCUACUCGCUCAACGAGGGCCUGACGUGGGAGUCGUACAACUUUGGCCAGAAGCUGCGCGUCGUCGAGAUCCUGACGGUGCCCGAGGACACCCACCGCAAGUUCUUGCUGCUCGGCAGCCCGACGGGCUCGUCGGGCCACACGGUCGCCGUCUACCUCGACUUUUCGGCGCUCCAGACGCGCAAGUGCAAGCUCAACGUGGCGCGGCCCGAGGAGGACGACUUUGAGCUGUGGAGCCCGAGCGAGAGCCGCCAGGAGCCGUGCCUGUUUGGCCGCCAGACGUACUACUACAAGCGCAAGCGGCAGGCCGACUGCUACGUGGGCGAGACGAUUGUGCAGCCGCACGAGGUGGUGCGCAACUGCAGCUGCACCGCCGCCGACUUUGAGUGCGAGUUCAACCACUACCGCCGCCCCGACACCAACGAGUGCGUCCUGUACCCGGGCACCUCGGCGCUGCCCACCGACGACGUCGGCCAGUGCUGGGCCGCCGACAGCGACGGCUACUGGUACGAGCGGACCAGCAUGCGCAAGAUCCCGCACUCGUCGUGCACCGGCGGCAAGCGCCUCGACCGCGGCGCACGCCACAUCUGCAGCAACAACCCGGCCAGCCACGGCUUCUUUUGGUGGGCCACCGUCAUCGCGUGCCCCUUUGCGCUGGCCGGCUUCGUGGGGUGGUGGUGGAACAAGAAGCAGCAGCGCGCCGGACGAGGGAGCAUCCGGCUGCCCGACACGUCGCGCUACACCGACUCGGAGUUUGCGCAGAACGUGGCGUCGGUGCCGCGCUACGUCGCCGGCCUGGCCAGCCUGGGCUGGUCAAAGCUGGUCGAGACGCUCGAGGGCGUGCCGUUUGUGCGCGACCGUCUGCGCCGUUCGCGCGGCAGCUACGGCGGCUACCGCAACCUGACCACCGACGAGGACGCCGAGAUCCUGCGCGACUACGAGGACGAGGAGCUGGACCGCUAA